UCAACCAUAUUCCUCUCUUUAAUCUGUCACUGUUCCCAUUCCCCUCACCAAACCCAUUUUUCUCCCUUCACUCCUCAAUAUAAAUACUCCAAAGUUUUGAACCUUUUUUCCAUUCAUUCAUUUUCUAGUAGUCUCACCCCUUCACACAGCACCACACAUAUUAUUACAUUACACACACACACAAAAAAAAAAAAAAAAACUGACCCAGCAUCCUUAAUUUCAUCAAAAUAUUUUUCAUGUUUAUGUGAAGAUCACUGAAGUGAAUCCCCCCCCAACAUAUAUAUCAGCUAUGUCAGAUGAUCAAUUUCAAGCAAGUGGAAACUGGUGGGAAUCAGCAGCAAGAAACGUUAGGUUUGAGAGUGGUGAAUCACAGUCUUCUUCUUCUGGCCUCACCAACAACAUGGGAAGCUAUGCAGCUUCUUGGCAACAACAUGACAUGGCAACAACAAGGUCUUCUAAUUCUUCCAUAGAUAAUAACUCUGUCUCAGGUGGUUCCUCUGUGAUGUUCCAUGACCAGAAGCAGCUUCAACAAGUUCAGCCACAUCAUCAUGAGUCUUCAGCUGCAGCCACUUCCACCAAUGACCCCAACUUGCACAUGAUGGGCUUGGGCCUCUCUUCUCAAGCCAUGGACUGGAAUCAAGCAUCUUUGCAGCUCCGAGGUGAGAAGGGUUCAGAAAGCAGUUUCAGGUCGAUGUUGCAAGAGAAUUUGAGCUCAUCAAAUACCAAUUUUCAGCCGCAAGAAAGUGGGAGCAAUAUAGGGUUGUCUCAACACCACCACCAUCACCAUCAUCAUCAACAACUUCAUUGGAGGCCAGAAAAGUUGUUCUCUGCCGAGUCAUCAAGCAACGAAUUCAAGAGGGGUUUCUCCUUGGACCAAACACAGUUUUCUCCUCAAUACAGCUCUGGGGACAGCAAUGUCACAAGCCAAGGCUUGCCUUGUUCUUUUCAGAUGGACUAUGUUGGGAACCCUUCUUCAAUAUUGCAAGGACUUUUGGGACAAGAGAGCAACAACAACAACAACCAACAACAACAACAACCUUACCAAGGUGGUGGUGGUGGUGCCAUGAAUUUUGCUUACUCAGCAGCAGCAAGCUAUGGUUUGAACUCCAAUGUUGAGUUGGUGCGUUCUUGGUCCAAAGUUCCUCAGUUUCUGAGAGCUUCACCGCCAAAACAACAACCCAAUAAUCAGUUGCAUUUCACCAACAACGCACCCUUUUGGAACGCGAAUUCUGAGCCUGCUAUUAAGGAUUCUCGAUCCAGCUUCAUCCCUUCUUUGCAUCCACCCUUCUCCACAUCAAAUUUCGAUGUACAAUCAAAGAAUAUAUCUGAAGUUAGAGAUUCGGGUGGUGUGGUAAAGAAAAGUGGAAGUGAGGCAGCACCCAAAAGGCCCAGGAACGAAACCCCAUCACCUUUGCCAGCUUUUAAGGUGAGAAAAGAGAAGAUGGGGGACAGAAUCACUGCACUCCAACAAUUGGUUUCACCUUUCGGAAAGACUGAUACAGCGUCAGUGCUCUCUGAAGCCAUUGAAUAUAUCAAAUUCCUCCAUGAACAAGUGACUGUGCUAAGUACCCCGUAUAUGAAAAGUGGUGCUCCCAUACAGCAUCAGCAGAGUUCUGGAAAAUCUAAGGAAUCUGAGGGUCCAAAGCAGGAUCUUAGAAGCCGAGGGCUAUGUCUGGUGCCAGUUUCUAGUACAUUUCCAGUGACUCACGAACCCACAGUUGAGUAUUGGACACCAACAUUUGGAGGAACUUACAGAUAGCUAGCUUCAUUAAUUAAUUAUAAUGGGUGGCAAAAAGUGGCACGGAAGGAGUACUCUCAGCAACAACAACAACAACAACAUGCAUGUCAUAUCAAACCCUGGCCAAGUUGGGAAUGAUGAGAUGAAAGAAAAAGAUAUGGAGCAGGAGAGAAAAAAGGCCACACAUAAAUAUGUAUAGUUAGUUCUUCCUCUGAUGGAAAUUAAAGAUAUUAUUUAAUAAAAAAAGGAUAUAGAGUUGAAAAGAGAGGGAAGAAAGGGAAAUGACCCUUCACAAGAAGGGUCAUAUUGAUGGACCAACUACAUGAAGAAUGAUGCAAGGGUAAGGUAAUUAAUUUCCGCCAAUUUUUGGGACCAUUGGAGCACAAUAUAUAUUAAUUUGUAAGUUGUUUUUAAUAAUUGUUGAAUUAUGUAUCAUGCACACAAGGGGGUCGUGGGGGAUUAGGAGUGACAAGGGAUAAAUUAAGGAGCUUUGUUUAUUUUUCUUGGUUAAGCUCUAGAUAGAAAAAUUGUUGUUAGCAGAAGAUGAUAAAGGAGCUUUGUUAAUUUUUCUUCUUGUUGUUUUCUUGUGAAUAGAGCUGGAACUACCGCUUUAGUUCAAGGAAAAGUAAAAAACUAAUUUGGAGGUAUCAUUGAAAUAUAGAAGAGUGAGUGAGUGUGGGAUAUGUCAUUUGAUUGGAAAUCUCACUUUUGAUUUGUUUAUUUCUUUAGAAUGUGUAAGUGGAAGUCAGAGGGUGGCCCACACUGCGCCCCUUUCAUUUUUUGUUUCAAAAUUGUGUUCAAAUUAAACAUUAAUUUACAUUUACCAUAUAUAUUUUGGAGAU